CACCAACUUCUCCAGGAAAGGAAAUUUAGUAAUUUGACUACCAAAUAUUUCUAUGGAGAAAAUACACAAAUUUAGGAUUGAAAGCUGGACCGAACAUCAGUGUUUUUUUAAUGGCACAGCUCAGAAAGCCUGAAGGCAUGCUAUCGCAGAUGUUUUAUAUAUACUGUACGGUUCUAUUUAACGUUUGUUAAUUUGAUCAGCUGUUGGUCAUAGCAGCAUUAGUGAAGGACGUAAAUCCAAACUUAAGUUGAUGAGAAGCUUGGAAAAUAUUGUUAUUUUGACUUGUGUUAAGCAAUAAAAUGAACAGCAUUUCUUUCAGGGAAUUUCACUUUUCACUGAAACUUAUUUCAUUCAUUUAUUUGAGUGACUAGGUGUGGAUUUUAAUCAAGGUGUUUGUGAGUUUUGACAUUUGUAAUAUGAAACUUGUUGAUUUUAAGACACAAAUCUCUUCAGCGUCUUAUGCAAAUCCACAUGGGGAAAGGAGAGAGGACUUUUGAAUUUCAAAUAUUUUUUUACUGAAUGAACAGAGAACGCUCUGCUUGUUCUGCUCAGAUAGAGGAAGAGCACUGACCAAGAUAAUAAGAAGUACACUGGUCGCUGAAGGAGGAACUGCCGAGGCUGAAAACAAUCAUGUUGGCUGUUCUGUUGACCGCUUUAAUGUUUAGUCAAGGGCUUUCAAUGGACAGCCGUGGGACGAGUUUCAUCACAGCAUUCCCCGAGAACGUUGCCUUUUAUUUUCAAAAGACCUAUAACCUAUUGAAAAUCACCACCCUUCACCCAAACACGGCUGUCAGUGUCAUUGAAAUGGCGAGUGGCAACAUCACCAAUUCAGCCGCUGGCAACAACGGAACCAUUUUGACUUUGAAUUUCUCAAAGGAUGCUGAAGAAUACCAGUUUGCAUUCUCCAAUAAGUCUAUUCGAAUCACCAGCGAUAAAAACAUCACAGUGCUUUCUAUGAGUGGAUGGGAGGGUCGAUUUCAGUCCCGUGUUGUUCAGCCUGAUCAAAACCUCAGAACGGUGUAUCAGAUCCCUGCUCUAAACUACACCAAGAUUGCUGCAUCCUUUAACCUUUCAGUGGCAUCAAAUGUCACGUUUCUCAAUUUUAGGCUGAUGAUUAUCAAUGCAGUGGACGGAGACAACAGCGUCACCAUUAAAUAUGGAGACGGAAGUGGACAAAGCCAAGAUACCAUAGCACUUGGCCCUUUUGAACUCUUCCAGAUGCAGAUUAAUGGGUCGGAGGGAGAAAUAACUGCGACGGAUGAAGUGGCUGUGAUUCUGACCCAUCCCUGCUUGGAUACUGUUAACUGCUCAUGCAACAUGGUGGUGAACCAGCUCAAACCCCAAGUAUCUGAUAGAAAGGUUGCCAGAUUCCCUGUGCCAUCUAUUUUUGGUGUCAAGCAGCUGUUUGUGACAACAAAUCAAGCCUUCAAAGUCUGUCAGGGUGUAUUUAAUGAUGCAAAUAGUAUUCAAGUCCAAAAGUCUGUAGACAUCUUGCCCCUCUUUCCAAAUUUCCUGAGCUCGGCCUUGCUUAUUUCUACCAACAUUGGUGUUUCCCUCCGACUGAUCAGUCCAGGACUCAUUCUUGACCUCAUGCCGACAAGCAUGUUUUCUGGCUGCUUUCUGGUAGACUUCAACUCUUCACGCUCUGGAGCUUUGGUGAUUGCUAAUACAUCCAGCACUACUGGGGUGAAAAUGAACGAUCAGCCUUUAAAUGUCAUAUGGUACCCUUUGAAUGGCACCGAGUACUCUUGGGCUUUGGUGGAGGCACAAGUCAUUGGAACCAUCUGGCAUCCGAAUACAAAGAUUGGUGUAUAUAUGACACAACGCUUGGAUUCCAACAUCAUCUAUGGCAGCCAAGCAGUAGCUUUAAAUAUGGACUUAGAUCAGAAUGGCUGUCUGCUGACUCCGGAGAUAUUUGUGCUUGGUCAGGACAGCAUGAACUGGUCCAUGUCCCUUCAGUACUGCUCAGAUAAGUAUGACCAGCUCGCCACACUCAAUGCUAAAUCUGCACAGGAUAAGAUGGUCUUGAACAUGUCACUGAUACAACCCACGUUGGGCUGGAUUGGUCUACGCCGCAGCCUGUUCACGACUGAGUGGUACUGGAGCAACAAUGUGAAUGUGAACUUCACUUUCUGGGAGCUCGGACAGCCUGAUAAACCAGAGAAAGGCUUGUGCGCUUCGGUUGCGCUGGACCCUAGCAAGAAGUUCACAUGGCAGAGUGCACGCUGCUGCUCUGAAAAUAAACCCGUGUGCUAUAGUGGCCAAAAAUAUUUCAUUUACAGUCGUACUACAAAACAAAUGUUGUCUUAAGUGGAAAAUAACUAAAGCGAAAUACAAAAAUAUUCAAGUUACACUUUCAGAACUGUAUGUUCUGUAACCAGUGGAGAUUUUUUACAUGCUCAGAAUUGAUCUGGCUAUUUAUAAUUAUCGCCAAUAUUACAGUAGAUUUAGAAAAAAUGUGGUGGCUUUGACAAUCGUCUAGCAUAUGUAAGAGUAAAAAGAAUACUUAUACUGCUCAUUUAUUUGUAGAUUAAAUAGAAAUAUUAUUGCCUUGUUAGAUGCUAGUGUAGAAGUUGGGAUGUACUUGAAGUAUAUACAGACUAAGAUUUAAAUACUGAAUAUAAUUAAAGUAUGUCAACUGAACAACA